GAGAGAGAGAGAGAGAGAGAGAGAGAGAGAGAGAGAGAGUUACUACUCUCAAAUUAGCUGAAGGAAAAAGAGAGAGGGGGACAGCAAGGGGGAAAAAGAAAGGGAAAGACGGAGAGAAGAAAGAAAAGUUGGUCCAUAAGGAGAAAACUAUUUCUUUGAGAUUUACAAAGAAAAAAGAAGAAAGAAAGAAGAGGGCUGAAGGAAAAAGGGAGAAAGGAGUAAAGUUGAGAAUAGUAAAAGGAACAGAAGAGAAAGAGGGAGGGAAGGAGGGAGGAGGGGAAAGAGAGUGGCUAACUGGACUGUUGAAUAGAGGAAGUGUGUGAAUAAAGGAAAGAGACGGAGUGACUCAGUGGACUCGGUGAAAAAGGAAGUGUGUGUGUGCGCGUGUGUGUGAGUGUGUGUUUUUGUGUGUGUGUGUGUGUGUGUGUGUGUGUGUGAACCCAGCGAGACACUCAGAGCUCCAUGUGGAUCAGUAAUGCCGGAAUGGAGAGAGACAGAAUCUCAGCACUGAAGAGAUCAUUCGAGGUCGAGAACGUGGAUUCAUCUUCGCAGUCCUCCUCUCCUCACAUGCGUCGUUCUCCAUCCAUUCAACGCAGCUCCAUCUCUCCGUCCAUCAGCCGCCAUCAUGAGCUCGGUGCCAACGGUGCCAUCAAACCCAAACCACAGAAUCCCGAAGCGCCAUCACGCCGCGCCGAGCUCAGCAUCGGCAUCAACGCCAAAGCCGUCGACAGCUCGCCCAGUGCUGGCAUCUCCCGCUUCAGCUUGAGGAAGACCGACAUGUUGGGCCACAACAAGAUGCCAGAGGCGCAAAAGCAUUCUGGCAUGUUCGGCAAGACCCUUGAGACCACCUCUCCAAUUGUCAGGACGCCAUCCAAUGCCAGCGCGAGACAACUCCCCGAGACUACUUUCAGGAGGAACGAACCACCAGAGAUCAGUGUCAGCAAGCCACCUGAGGUCAAAGGUCAAGAGACUCAUCAACAUUCAUCUGCGAUAACAAUGAGGUCCUCGUCGCCCAAUAAUGCUGGACGGAAAUCACCCAUCAACGAUGGACACAGAUCCGAGAUCAGCACUGGUUUCCACGGUAACAUGGCAGACAAGGGGGUGGACAAGGGUGCAGACAAGGGGGUGGAGCUCAGCUACGUGGGCAUCGACGCCAUUUUGGAGCAGAUGAGGAGGAAAGCGAUGAAGCAGGGCUUUGAGCUCAACAUCAUGGUAGUGGGUCAGAGCGGUCUCGGUAAAUCCACUCUCAUUAACACUCUGUUCAAGUCCAAAGUGAGUCGCAGGUCAGUGAUGCCGAGCGACGAGGAGAGGAUUCCCCAAACCAUCGAGAUCAAAUCCAUCAGCCACGACAUUGAAGAGAAAGGUGUGCGGAUGAAGCUGACGGUGAUUGACACACCAGGAUUCGGAGAUCAAAUCAACAACGAGAACUGCUGGAUGCCGAUCAUGAAGUUCAUUAACGAGCAGUAUGAGGCGUUUCUGCAGGAGGAGAUCAACAUCAGCAGGAAGAAGAAAAUUCCAGACACACGUGUGCACUGCUGUAUUUACUUCAUCCCACCGACAGGACACUGUUUGCGGCCAAUCGAUAUUGAGUUCAUGAGGCACCUGAGUAAAGUGGUGAACAUUGUUCCGGUGAUUGCUAAAGCUGACACGCUAACGCUGGAGGAGAGAGACUUCUUUAAAAAGAAGAUCAGGGAGGAUCUGCGAGCCAAUGAGAUUGAGGUUUACCCUCAGACCGAGUUUGAUGAGGACGCAGACGACAGAAUGAUCAACGAGAAGAUCAGGGACAUGAUACCAUUUGCCGUGGUUGGCAGUGAUCAGGAGUACCAGGUGAACGGGAAGAGACUUCUGGGUAGAAAAACACGAUGGGGCACAGUAGAAGUGGAGAACGUAGGGCACUGUGAGUUUGCGUAUCUGCGGGAUUUGCUCAUCAGGACACAUAUGCAGAAUCUGAAGGACAUCACCAGCAGUAUUCACUACGAGGUGUAUCGUGUCCGCCGUCUCAACGAGAGCAACACACACACCACACACUCCAACGGAGAGGCCAACGGAGCGCUCACACAUGAGAUGUAGACGUCCAUCUGAUUUAUCCAUCCAUCCAUCACUCCAUUCCUCCAGAUCCAACAUGUGGACUGUAGAAUGCUAAUACAUGUCUGUGAUGUGAAAUUGAAGUGAGUGUGUGUGUGUGUGUGUGUGUGUGUUUGUUUAGCAUUAUGCUUGCUGCCUAAGCAUUUAUUUACAGUCGUGUCCCCCUCAGAGCGAUGAUGUAAAACUUCAAGUAAAAUCGCGUAAUGAUGUAACAAGGCUAACAUUAGCUCGCUAAUGCUAACACACCCUGAUUAGCCGAUAUUUAUGUAUAUAAAUGUGAAACAUAUUUGUUAUUACAUCAAGAUGUAUAAUUUAUCUCAACAAACUUUGAACAGAAACAUUGAUUAUUAUUGAAUAGUUCAGCUUGCUAGUCAGAGUGGAGUGAGUUAGCCGUUACUGUUAGUUAGGAAGUAUACGAUCGCUAAGCUAACUAGGAUUAACCAAAACACCGAAUGUGAGUUAGCGGAGUUAGCAAAGCAAUGUAUAGGUUUGUUAGUGGAUAUAAAAUGUGUUGUUUCAGUGUGUGUUAGCUGUUUAGUGUUAGCAUAGUGACAUCAUGAGGAAAUUUUAUUUUUGUGCUUGAAGGAGGGAUUUCUUAUUUUAAAGAGCUAAGGGGAAGUUAGUAGGAAUCGGUUGCCAUGGUAACUGUUUUCCAUUAGUGUUCAUUCAUUUUUGUCCAUGUUAGCAUUGUUCCCAUGCUAAUUUCACAAGACACAAAUGAACUGAAACCUUCAAUAUUUUUUUUUUAAAGGUGUCAAAAAGCAAAAGCUAAGAGAUAGCACCUGGCAUCACCGUGCUAUUCAUUAGCAUGCUAGUUGAUGUUUCUAGCCACAUUAGCAUGUUUCCUGUCUGCAUUACACACCGCAUUUAAAUAUUUUAACUUUACGUCCUGUUCAUGUUGUUUGGGAGACGCUUGUGUGUGUAAGUCAAAUUAAUGGUAUAUUUUAUGUCGUUCGCUGAAGUUUUGUUUCCUAAACAUGUUUUAUUUGCAUUCACUUUACUGAUAUGAUUUAUAUUCAUGUCAGCGUUUGUUAAUAUCACACUGUUUGAUAGGGGUGUGUGUGUGUGUGCGCGUGCAUUGAUGUAAGCUAAAUAAAUGUCUCUUGAAUCCUGA